CAAAGGAAAAUAACGCGAAGCGAAGUGGGUUUUAUAUUAACUAAAGUUUAAUAACUAUCUAUGAGAAAUAUGCCGGUGGGGCUAAAUAGUCUUACAGAGGGAUGGCUAGAACUAGAAAGCGACCCAGGAUUGUUCACACUGUUAUUAGAAGACUUCGGAGUAAAAGGUGUUCAGGUUGAAGAAAUAUACGAUCUCCACAAGCCUUUAGAGAGCCCGGUAUAUGGAUUUAUUUUCUUAUUCCGUUGGAUAGAAGAGCGACGGUCUCGGCGGAAGUUCGUGGAGCAAAUAGAAAGCUUCGUUCGCGAUGAGGAGACUAUAAAUAAUAUAUUUUUUGCACAACAAAUGGUGCCGAACAGUUGUGCCACUCACGCAUUGCUGUCGAUAUUACUGAAUUGUCCUAACCUUCAUUUAGGUGAAACAUUGAGCAGACUUAAGCAUCACACAUUGGGAAUGAACCCUGAGAACAAAGGCUGGGCCAUUGGUAACACCCCUGAGCUGGCCUGUGCCCACAACUCUCACGCCAUUCCUCAGGCAAGGAAAAAGACUGACAAAAAUGCUGGAGUCUCCACAGGUCGUUUUACAGGAGAAGCUUACCAUUUUGUAAGUUUUGUGCCAAUCAAUGGGCACUUAUUUGAGUUGGAUGGGUUGAAGCCGUAUCCAACAGACCAUGGGCCCUGGGCAGCGGACGAGGACUGGACAGACAAGUUCCGCAGGGUGAUGGCUGAGAGGCUGGGCAGAGACGCUGGUGAGCAGGUGCAUGAUAUCAGGUUCAAUUUAAUGGCAGUUGUACCUGACAGAAGAAUUGCAUUAACACAAAAAUUGAAUACUCUAGAGAUGAAUCAAAAGAGAGUUAAAGAAGCUAUUUCCAAAAUUGGUAAACAUUUAAGACAUCUCCUUGCGAAAGCUAGAGAACAGACUGAACUUGGAAUAAUACCUGAAGGUAACAAUGAGAAUGAAUUAAACGAAAACAUAGUGCAGAUUAGUGAGGAUACAAUACUAACAGCACUAGAUACUUCACAAGUACAGAUGUACAAUAUAGACUACACUGACCCCAUAACCAUAGAGAUUGGAGCUCUCGACAGACCCCACCAAGAUAGUAGUAUUACUUUAGUUGACCUUGUUGAACAGGGCACACCAAUGAAAUUUAUCACAAUAAACAGAGAUAAUCAGAUAAUUGGAGAAUUAUACCCGACGUCCACAACGGCGUUGGUGAAGAGCAACGACAACCCGGUCCUAGUGUGCUGCGAGACGGAACCAGACCAGCCGUAUAAGCUAAAAAAACUACUCUUCACACAUUCGGAGCUCAACACGUUGAUGAGCUGCUUCGUCACCGAGGUGCAGACGUGCCAACAGGCCCUGAAUGAUGAGAACGAUAAGAGGGAUAUGUAUAAGGUGGACGACUGCCGGCGCACGCACAACUACGACGAGUUCAUCUGCACGUUCCUGUCGAUGCUGGCGGAGCGCGGCGCGCUGGCGGAGCUGGUGGCGGCGCAGCUGGAGCGCGGCCGCGGCCCGCGGGGGCGCCGGCGCCGGCCGCGGGCCCGGCCGCGCGCACGCCCGCGCCCGCGCCCGCGGGCCCGCAAAUGAAGACUAUACUACACUGACGACAUAGAGCCCUAAGGAGGCCGCAAACGUCCUGACGCGUGCUCUCGUGUUUCAUAGUCGCUGUAGAAAUCUACAGUAAAGGUCACGAGAAGGCAAUUUUGACACCUGGCUCAUAGUAAACGGAAGUCAUUAUGAAAAAUUACUUUAUAACUAUGACGUGGAGAAAUCCUCAAAAUGGUCUGGAUUAUUGAUUCAGUUUUAAUAUAAAAAUGGUGUAAGCCCCGCCUCCUCUAUGGUUAUGGUUUGGCUCGUAGACUGAGCUACUAGUUGAUACUUGCUGGACAGGUAUACCGGGCUAUCAUUUUCCUUCCGUCUGCUGACACAAACACUGCUGUGUUUGCAGUAAUAAACUGAAAAUUUGAAGUGUGUGAGGUGAAGUAUGUAGUUUUGAAGUUAAUAUUAUUUAACUCAAAAUAUCCAUUAUAUGAAUGUAUCUUCGCUUAUCGUUUGAUAAUUGAAGGCCAUAAAUGUACUAUUUUGUCACUAAUCAUACUCUAUGUAUGUCCGUAUUUAUUUUAAGAGGAAUAUCUUUUUUU